GGCCCCACGGUCUGGGCCGCACCCACGUGGCUGGAUCCCGGUCGCACUUAAUUCGGUCCGCCAAGAUCGUCGCCCGAAGCCACUCCUCUGCCAACCCGCUUCCGAAGGUACCCCCUCCGUACACACCGGCUCUCCGCCUCUCCUCUCUCGUCAAUGGAGAUUUGGCCGUUGAUCAAUGCAUAGGCGGCGAAUUGAAACGUUAAGAUUUUCUUAUAUUAGGUAUCUUUUGGGUGGAACUCAGCAACCAACGGUCUGGAUUGGAUUACCGAGAGGCCCCCGAUUAUCAGAUCAGAAACCGGUGUGUACUGCGGAAAGACAGACGCAGGUCGCGUAUCAUUUCACUCCUCUGUCCACCUUCUCACGCUUAUCUCUCUCACGACCAUGGCAUCUCCUUCUCUAAACACUAGGAAUCUCGAAGACAUCUUCGAUUCGUCUCUCAAGCUUGAAGAAACUCACUGCGACGACGGUUUCAGAGACGGAUUCAACGACGGCCUGAUCUCCGGAAAACAUGAAGGAAGAGAGGUGGGCCUGAAGCUAGGGUUUGAAGUCGGAGAGGAGGUAGGAUUUUACCAAGGUUGCAUCGACGUAUGGAAUUCGAUCCUCCGCAUCGAACCGAGCAGCUUCUCGUCAAGGGUUCAGAAGAACAUGAAGCAAAUGGAGGAAUUGCUGGAAAAAUACCCUAUCUUGGAUCCGGAAGAUGAGAAUGUUCAGGAAAUCAUGGAUGGUUUGAGGUCGAAAUUCCGAGCGAUUUCGGCGACGCUCUCCGUGCGAUUUGAGUACGACGGGUAUCCAAAAGUGUCUGAUGAUAAGGAUAUUGGAUUUUGAGAGGAUUUGAUUUUGGUUCUUUUACUUAAUUGAAUUGUCUGAUUAUCAGUGAAAAUUAGGUUAUAUGAUGGAUUUUUUUAGAGAGGAAAUCUAUCACAUUUAUUCAUGUAAAAUGAUCCCAAUUCGCGUAGGUGCGGCCCACGGAUUGGUUUCCUGGCGGCUAUUCUGUUGUA